AUGAGCGAGAUGCUGACCUAUACUACCAAUGGAAACGAGCAAGCACACAGGAAUAUCAAUCGUGAUGGUGUGGGUCUUAUGCUAUUGGGAGGAAUCAUGCGAGGAUUUCACUACGACACAAACAUCAGCGCUAGUUUGGACCUUUUCGAUGCAUUUGGCAUCAACUCCAGCGACCGUUUAUCUACCCAUGCUUACCGUGCAAAACGUGCUCUUGCUCGACAAGUCAGAUAUACAAGGUCUUCGCCCUCGGAGGGCAACACAAGCUUCGCAUGUGUUCAUCUCACUCCUCCACCUGUUGAGCCCCAACCUGAACUCAUUCCCAACUUGUCUCUGAUGACCGGUUCCACCGGCGGCGCCAUCCCAGUAUCGACAUUCAGCACUCUCACUUAUGCACUAACUGCAGGUGCACACGUUAUGGAUCAUCGAGCUCGUUCCCCAUCGUUUAGUGCUGCACCUCCCACUGUAUGCGCAGUACAUCACCAUAUCUAUCCCACUCGAGAUCAACUGAGCACUUUCAGUACAUUGCAAGGUGCUGUAGAGUAG